AUGUCUGAUGCAAGUGAAGAUUUCAAGUUCUCAUUGAAAGUGAUGAUCGAUAAAAAGAAAAACAAGGUGAUCUUUGCAGAAUCCGACAGCAAUUUUGUCGACAUUUUGUUGAGCUUCCUGACUUUGCCGUUGGGAAGAAUCAUCAAAAUCCUCGACAAACACUACGGAGACGAGGCGGCUGCCAUCGGAAGCUUAAGCAGCUUGUAUCGUAGCGCAGCAGAUCUCGCUUGCUCCCAUUUCUGGACGGAGGGAGCUAAGAAGGCUCUGCUCAAUCCAACAAGUUCAUUCGAAGAUGAAAUCAAAGGAUUGAAACUGGAUUUCGCUGAUUCUCCGCCUGCUGAAUAUUUCAGAUGUAGCAAGUGCCCUUUGACUUUGAGUGGAAAGGGAGCUGAUAAGAGGUGUAAAAUUGCUAGUGGUGGAGUCUUCACUAAGCUUAAAGCAUCUUUCAUAAUCUCCGAUGAUCUGAGGAUAUUGCCAAAUGACAAAGCAUACUCAACAACUAUCGACUUUCUUGGCAUUACAGACGCGGAUAAGGCCGAGGCGAUCGAAGUAGAUUUUGGGUUCAGUGAGAUCAUGAAGUUGUUGAAGGCUUCUUUGACGUCCCCAACUCCAUUGUCGGAUGUUGUCCUAAAUCAAACGACACAAACGGACUACGCAGCCAUGGCAUCCCAACAGCUGCUGGCAACGGAAGAAAAUCCCAACUGUAGGUUUUUGUAUGCUCAAGCUACGAAUGAUUUCGUAGAGUUCCUAUUUAGUUUCCUCAAUAUCCCAUUAGGAGGAGUCGAGCAUCUUUUUCACCGUAGCACUCAUGUUAAGUCUAUAGACAAGCUAUACCUCAGCACAUCCUAUCUUAUCGAAGACGAGCAUUUCAAGAGCUCGGAUACGAAAAACAGGCUCAUCAAACCCAAUGUGGUUUAUGACUGUAUUCCCAAAAACCACAUUCUUCCCCUCACUCAAGCGCCCUCGCCUAAUUUCUCGUGGCUUUGCACUCACAAGUUUCCCAAUGGCCACGGGAGUUAUGUUGAAGGGCCGCGGACUUAUCACGUGAAGGAUGAUUUAACUGUUUCGCCUUUUUGCUUUGUCUCGGUUCUCUCGAGUCUCGUUGAGCAGAACGUACCAGUGAGGGAUGUCGAGGAACUGGAGGUCCAUAUAGGAUUGAAAGAGGCUUGUGGCCUACUGAAAGCCUCUCUCACAUCCACUGCUGCUAUCACUGAUGCUCUGCUUAACUUUGGUGAUGGUGUGAACAAGUAA